AUGCAGGGAGUGGGCGAGUUCGAGGCCAUCGAAGGUCAUCCGGAUCGCCCUGAUACCCAAGUCGUUACUUUCAAAGACCGACCCACGGCAGAGACCUUUAUGUACGGCGUUCAUGAUAUUCCAUUGGUCGGAAAACUGGAUUUCGCGUGGUUUAAUGCUCCAGGUGUGUCUGGCCAACCGACACCGAAACAGGCGGAGACCGAUGGCGACACAGGAAUGGGUGGCACAAGGGCGGAUGAUCAUCACGCUGACAAGGGAACUGUGUUGGCCAACACCGAAGUCGACUAUGACGUAGCGGAAGACGAGGUGUGCAGAGGACAGAGCUCCAAAGCCCGACCGGUCCUGAGAAUGCCGAAAGCUCAAGCGCUCAACAACCUCUGGCUUGCGACCACACAAUACGAACAGUCUGCGUUCAGAUUACCUCUGUGA